AUGAGCAGCGACGAUGGAGUAGACGCGUCUGGAUCGUUUUUCGCCUCCGUUGACACGAAGGACAACAUAAUCGGAGAGGGAAAUGAUAAUUCUUCACUCAUCAAACCUUGCAGCAGGCAUCCCGUUACCUCACUUUCAUCUUUUCUGCCAGCAGAAAUCCUAGCCCUGAUUUUACAACCAAGAUGGAAGCGGUGCGAGGAUAGAGAAGUCUGGAAAAAGAUAGUGGAUGUCUUGCUCAACUGCAGUCUUGUAUCGAGGGCCUGGUAUGAGGCUGCAAGAGCAGUUCUAUACCAGGAUAUUCGACUGUCUCGAGUCAACUCCCUUCGCCUACUUCUUUGCACCGAGACUGGCUCCCUGUACUUCACCAGCAACAUGCCUCUCCCCAAGUACCCAUAUUUGAGGGAGCUCAAAGUAUCUGGGCAGGACCUCUACCUCAUCGCCCCUCUUUUAUCGCGUCUAUGCAAUCUCGAGUCCUUUGAGAUGCUUCAGAGUCACAAUGGGGACGAUCUCCUGGAAUACUUUUCGCCACCUCACUUCAAGCUUUUGACUUUAUCGAUAUCUCAAACAGAGUUGUCUCCUGGCCUGUGUAAAUGGCUCGAAUCAAGUUUAAAGAGCAUAAAAUGCUUGGAGGUGCAGGAAAUAGGGAUGAGCCUGUGCCACUUGGCCAAGGUCAUUGGAAGUCUUGUAAAGGAAGUCCACGUCAAAAUUAUGGUCGAUUCUAUAGCGGACAGUGACUCUGAGACUAUCUCAGCAUUAUUUGCGUUCGCGGGCUUGCGAAGACUUCGCAUCGAUGGAUCGAAAAUCAACAAAGAGUGUUUGCUUGAUCUACGAUUGUCAUUGGAGACAUUCACAUUCUCUGAGGACAUAUUAAGCAUGCGUACUGUGCUGGUGCUGCUAUGUAUGAAUUGGCAACCCUCCUUACGAUUGCUGGACGUUUAUCGCAUGCCAAUGAGCAUUUACUUCUCCGAGCAGUGGAUCGCUACGGCUGCAGAAUAUAGGGAUGAGUUACACAGCACAUGCGUCGCUCGCGGUAUCCAGUUGAACUGGCUCCCCCAGAAGAAUGAUACCGGAUUGCGAUCUGGUACACAGCUAUACAGAGUUCACAUUAUAUUAGGCUUAGAUGCCAGCGUGCCACAUGCACUGACAGACAUAGAUACUGUCGAAGCAACAACAGCGAUGAGCAUGGAGAAACGUGUUCCCUGUACAAGGUGA